ACAAAUUGUUAUGUUGAUAAUAUCAUUUGUACUGCAAAUAUGUAUUCGAUUAGAAACAUAUUUUCACUAGUGGUCUUAGACUUUUGGACUUUUGGUCUGCUUUGAUCGUGAUCUGUGUUACACAUCCACCUGUUUCACUCUCUCAUACAGGACCUUUGUUGAUUUUACAGGAACCCCUUCAAACUGGGACGCCUGAGUGGAAUAAGCCAACAGAGGGGGAUUCGGGGGGAAGGAAGAGAAGAGGGAUUAGGGGUUUAUCCUGGACAUGACCAAUCCUUAAGGAGCCUCCGUCAAGCUGUACUAUUGCCCAGAUUAUUACAUUUAAUUUAUUGCCUUUUAAAGACCCUUUAUCUCCGCCGGGAGAUUCCUGGCGAGUGGGCCGCUGGAUUUGAGUAUCUUUAAAAACAAAGGAUCAGGAGCAGAGGCCGGUGGGACUGGAGGAGCAUGAGAAGAUACAUGCAGGGAUAAAGCAACAAGCCUCCCUGCCGCCUUAUACACUUCAGCAGGGUGCAGGUCAAGGGUCACUGAAUAAACUUGGAUUUGGAAAGCAUGCAAUCACAUUGAUUACACAAAUCUGAUUAAGAGCAUGUAGCAGCAGUCUCUCUGGACCUUACUAAAGAAAGAGCACAUGGUUUCAGUCCUAAACCACAAAGAUAUCUGCAGCCCGAGCUGAAUUUAUUUCUGAACUGAUUUUUUUUUUUCAGAAGCACAAACCCAGAACAACUGGGAAGCCCAGAAUCUUUGACCACAUAAGCAGCAGAGGUUUUCAGGAAUUGGAGUCAUGCAUAUUUUCAGCUCACAUUUAUCUUCACAGAAUCUUUCUGGAUAUGAACAAAGACCGAUGGCCAAAAUGGGACAUAGCUGAAUGCGUCUGCCUUUUGAGAAACUGUGCAAAAGAAACUUUCCACUCAACUGCGGUUGUUAUUCUGCCGAGAUAUUUUAAAGCUUGAAGGGUGAUACGUGUAUAGUUUGCUUUCUUACGGUGUUCUCACCAUUUUUUUAAAAACAAUUUUUUGUGGAUAUUUUCUUUCUGAUUCUGGAAAUUUACAGUUUGUACCCAGAGAAGCCAUGAACUUGGGCAAGCUCGCUGGCCUGAAGGGCCUGGUUUCCCACUCCUCAGGAAAGCGUAGAUUUAAAGGUGACCUCACCCCGGACAUGAUCAGCCCCCCACUAAGUGAUUUCCGCCACACCAUGCACGUGGGCCGUGGAGGGGACGUGUUUGGGGACACCUCGUUCCUCAGCAACCAUGGUGGAGCAGGAAAUAACGCAGAUGGAGACUCCUCCUCCACUUCAGAGAAGAAUGAGGGAUUCUUCUCCCGCACGCUUCGCCAUGUCCGCAAGACCCCCGACAGGCCCCGCGGCAGCUCCAAGGACCUUUCGCCUCCACCUCCACCCAUUUCUCCAAUCAUUAAGAAUGCCAUUUCCCUCCCCCGGCUGGACGUGGACUCACCCAACGGCUGUCCUGUGAAAGUGCUUUUCCCUAGUCCACCCAAAACACCAGAGAACUCCACAUACUUGUAUGGUUUGGAGUCUGGCUUUGUAACCUUGCCGAGACUGUCCCGCACUGAGCGUCCAGCCCAGGGCAGUUCUCCCUCUGCCUGCCCGCUUGAAAUCCACAGAGGCUCGCUCACAGACACAGGUAUCCCGUCCUUCCCAUGUUCAGACUCCAUCAGUCCUUCUGACUCCAUGAACUCCUUCACUCUUGAUCUGGGCCCUUCCCUCAUGUCUGAAGUCUUUGCCAUGAUUGACAGCCCUGUGUGUGAAAAGGCCGAUCCCAUCAGUGAAAAAACACAGUCCACCGAUGAUAACUCUGAGGUGGACUCGGACACCACCACGUCCUUGGUGGACUCUCUCCUGAGAGAAGACGAUGACGGUAGGACACGGUUGUAUGGAGGAGAGUGGAAGCAUUCAGACUUUGUAAAUGGUGAGUCACCCAAAAAAUCCAUGUUGGGGGAUCGGAUGCGCUCCUUCUCUAUUGAGGAUCAUGGCAUGGAGCCGGAGAGUUUCCAGAGGGCUGCUGAUGUGCUGGCACGUCAUUAUGGGAGUGGAGGACUCAGGAAUACAAACACCAACAACUCUCAUAGGAGAGGACCCUACAGCUAUCCUGAUGAAGAAGAAGAAAUCAAAGUCUAACACCAAAUCGUACAUCACCUUUAAAUGGAUAGUUCAGCCAAAAACUAAUGUUCUUUCAUAAUUUCCUCAGUCUCAUGAUGUUCCAAACCUGAUUCUUUCCUUGGCGAUAUAAUGAAAGGAGUUGCACAGAAUGCCACUUUUUUCAUUAUAAUGUAAUUGAAUGAGGGUUGGGCCUAUCAAGCUCCAUAAUCAUAAAAAAAGCACCAUGAAAGUAUCAUAAAUGUAGUCCAUAGUUUUCUGAAACCAUGUUAGUGUACAGUUAGGAACAGACUAAAAUUCCCAAAAGUUAUUAUUUACUUAUGAUAUUCUGUUCCUCUGGGCUGUGAACUGAAUUACUGAGUCACUCGAGCACCAAAUCAUAAUCAAUCAUUUAAAGGGAUAUUCCACCCAAAAAUUAUAAUGAUUAAUGAUCACCCUCAUGACCAUCUUUCUUCUGUAGAACAAAAGAAGAUAUUUUGAAGAAUGUUUCAAUUGUUUUUGUCAUGUUAAAAGUACGACAUACAAUGAAAGUCAGUGGAGUUCAAUGUUGUUUGGCUUCCAAUGUUCUUCAAAAUACCUUAGUUCUGCUAGGAAGGUUUAGAAUGACACGAGUGUGAGUAAAUGAUAUCAGGAUUUUUCUUAAUGGGUGGAGUGUCCAUUGAAGAACAAUUAAAUAAUACAUUGUAAAUGUAACAAUAAUGAAAUCUGGUCUGUUCCUCACAGAAAGCUAUUAUAUGACUCCAGAAGACUACCCACAACCCACAAGUCAAUGGGAUUACUUUUGUUAAACUUUCUUUUUUGUCAUUUUGGAGUUUGCAGUUUACAGCCCAAGUUCUUAUUCAGAUUCAUAAUAUGAAAAAGAGCACCAAUUAAAUUGGCCUAAAAUUUUACUUCCACGAAAGAAGGUCAUAAAAGUUUAUAAUCACAUGAGAGUGAUGACCCAGUUAUUAUUUUUGGAUGAACUAUUCCUUUUAAAAAUAUUUCUACAUUUUGCAAUGGGGAAAGUUAAAAGCUAAUGAACUAUUAUUUACCCCUACGCUCAUGGUGUUUUAAAGAAAGUAUUACAAACAAAAAGAACAGAACAAUAAAACAUCAGAAUUACCUGCCAUGUGAGUGGGUCUACAUUUUGCAAAUAUUGGACAAGAACAUAAUCUAGUAUUGGCAUCUUGAAUUUUCUUCUAUGUUUGAUCCUAUCGUCUCAUCCCUGAAACAUUAGCUUUGAUCCAGGGAACUAAAACCUGCCACAGUUGCUCUGUAAUGCACAAUAAACACAGCUGGCUAUACAAUGGUAAUAUGCCAUUAAAAUAUGCAAUAUUUUAGUUUACAAUAUUUAGAUUUCAAGUAAGCCUCUGUCAUAUGUAAUGUAGAGUGAUACCAUGUAGAAUACAGACAUAUACCUGCUAGCUAUCUUGUAUCUACUACACAAAACACUUUACAUUUUGCAUUCAUGUAGUUUUAAUAGCUCAUAUUCCCAUUGUGAACAUUGUGUUGCAGUUUAAUUAUUUCCUGAGAAACAAGACAAAGACCUAUGGUCACUGUGAUGCACAAAACCGUGAUGUGCUUUAUGUUUUCACAUUAGUACAAACAACUCGGAAUAAAACAACAACCAUACUGUCAUUUUUCUUUCCUUUAUUACAUGAUAAAUAUCUUAAGAUCAACACAGUAUACAGUAAUAUUAUAUGAUGUCCACCAGCUUUUAUCAAUGUAUUGUGAAAUUAUGAUUAAAUAUUAAUAUGAAUUUUGUUUGAAUUUAAGUUUUUUGUUAUGACAAAGGAGUUGACCUCUCCAUUCCCUUAAUCACAAUAUAAUAUGUACAUACUGUACGUAUGUGCGGCUUUGCACAGGAAAUGUACAAAAUAGCAAUGUAUGUUACCUAUGAAUGACAGCAAUAAAGAUUUCAUUAAAAGAAGCUAUGAACAACAUCAGCCUUAAAAUGCUUUAACAAGUGUGAGCAUGAUUUUAUCAUUAUGGCGUUUCAAAUGUCAUGCUUCAGAAUAAGCUUAUAUAUAAAUAGCUAUGUGAAGCGUGUCAGUACGCCCUAAAUUAAGACCAAAGGAAGUCAGAUUAUACUAUGUUGUAUUUGUGUUUGACAGUUCUUAACGGUUCAGUAUCCCUAAAGCAGACAUACACUUUUGUUCAAAAGUUUGGGAUUUUUUACAUUUUUUAUUAAUACCUUUUAUUUA